CGCUUGGCCCGCUGCAAGCCAGAGCUGUGGUCAUGUCCCGUCACCGGUCAGCGUGGUCGGGGACGCAGCUGGUCCGGAUCGCGGGCAGCUUAGCCGGACGGUUCGGGCGGGCGGCGGGCACGGCGGCCUCAGGGAAUCUUUGUGAUACAUACUGUUUAGCGCACGUUGACCCUUUACUAGUGUCGAAGUGACAUAUUCAGUGUGCAUUUCCUCGGUGGAGCCUCCUUUCUUUAAUAGGAAAGCUCAAGUAGAAAUUGAAGGAUGGGAAACAAUGCACCAUCAUCUCUGGGGAAGUCAACAAGUAGUCCUGUGAACCAGAUCCAAGAAACAAUUUCUGACAAUUGUGUGGUUAUUUUCUCAAAAACAUCUUGCUCUUAUUGUACAAUGGCCAAAAACAUUUUCCGUGACAUGAAUGUUAAUUAUAAAGCUGUGGAAUUGGACAAGCUAGAAUAUGGGAGCCAGUUUCAAGAUGCUCUUCACAAAAUGACAGGUGCAAGAACUGUUCCAAGAAUAUUUGUCAAUGGAACUUUUAUUGGAGGAGCAACUGACACUCAUAGGCUUCAUAAAGAAGGAAAACUGCUUCCACUAGUUCGCCAGUGUUACCUUAAAAAAAAUAAGAGAAAUGAAGUUCAGUAGAUAGUCAUCAUGCAUAAUGUCAGAUACAAUGAUCAUAUCUGUUAAAUCCUUUUAAUUGUUUGAGGAUGUUUAAGUAUGUGUGUUACUUUCAUGAGGACUAUUAAUAAUGAACAAUAAAUUGUCAUGAGAUGUAUUUGAAACUGAAA